AUGGAUUGGAACUUCAAAGUAAGGGUUGUACGUAUGUGGCAUGCUACACCAAGGGACAAACCAAAUUUUCUUCUAUCAAUUGAGUUAGUGCUUCAAGAUGAAAAGGGAGAAAAAAUUCAUGCAACAAUUCCACGAUUUGUUGUCCAUCGUUUCAGAGGAGAAAAAAAUGCAAUAAAAGAAAUGGGAUUGUAUCUUAUGAAUACUUUUGUUGUUGAGCCUAACAAUAUGCAUUACAAAACAACUGCACAAAAGUUUAAGCUUGAGCUUACACCCAAGACAAUUGUUGUUGAGACAACUGAUCCAGCUUUUGGUUUAAAUAUUUUUAACUUUCGAUUAUUUAAUGAUUUGAAAAAUCACAUUGACAUUGAUGACACUCAACUAUUUGAUGUCAUCGGACAAGUUGUUUGUCAUGCUGAAAAACAAACUCAUAAGCUCCGAAAUGGUACAACAAGUCAAUUUUUGAAUGUUGUUAUCGAAGAUGAUGAAAGGAAGACAAUUACAGCAACAUUUUGGGGGGAGUUUGUUGAUAAAAUCAUGCCCCAUUUGCACAAUUUGAUCGAUGAACCUGUCAUCGUAGUUAUGCAGCUUAUAAGAGCGCAUAAAUUUCAAGGUUGGGCAUUUGUGGAUUCUUGCAAAAAUAAUGAAUUUGGAACUUAA